AUGCCGCCACCACCGCCACUACCCCUCCUCCCCCCAGGCGCAACCAAGCCCCUCCACCGCGGUGCAAUUUACGACCCAUGGAACAGCUCGUCAACAGGUCACCAGCGCGCCGAGUCGUCUAGCGCAGGGACACACUGGAGGGAUUCGAGAAACGCGAAGCUUACGGCGCAAUAUGGGGGCGGUAGGGGAGGCGGUGUGAGGAUGUACGAUAAAGUGGGAAGAGGGUCCGAGGAUUUCGUGGAAGAGAUGGGCAUGGCUGUGUCGAAGGCGGUGAGGAUAAGGGCCGAGGUCAGUGUUGUCGAUAUGUUGAUGAAGCCCGGGGCUAUGAAGGGGACGCUAUUACCUGGGGAUACAAAAGGAACGGAAAAUGAGGCGGACGACGAACGGUUGACUAGUAUGGAAAGAUUGAUGCUGCGUAGGAAAGAGGAGGAUGAGAGAGCCGAGAGGAAGAGGGGGAUUUUUGACGGCGUCGUGAUCUACGUGAAUGGGAGUACCCAUCCACUAAUAUCAGACCAUAAGCUGAAGCAAGUGAUUGUGGAGAAUGGCGGGAGGAUGUCGCUGCAUCUGGGGAGGCGGCAGGUUACGCACGUCAUCCUAGGACGGCCGGGAAGAGUGGGGAGCGGAGCCGGCGGCGGAUUGGCAGCGGGGAAGCUUGAGAGGGAGAUUAAGCGGGUCGGGGGUUGCGGGAUCAAGUACGUUGGUGUUGAAUGGGUACUGGAGAGCCUCAAGGCCGGGCGGCGGUUGCAAGAGGCACGCUUCUCGAACCUCAAGAUUGCGCAUUCCGGACAGCAAAGCGUGUUCGGAAUAUAUACCAAACCGAACAAGCCGAACCCGAAGACGUGA